GCAGUCCUGCUCCCUUUCCCCUUCCCUUUCUUCAGGUUCCCUGUGUCCCAUAAAUACUCUCUAGCUUUGUUACACCAUGUUCUUGACAGGGGCUUCUGUUAUCCUCCUUGCUGCUGCUGCUGCUACGACCCUCUUUGCAUCGUCUGCGCAAGCAGCUGCAUGCGAGACUCCGUCUAUCAGAAGGGAGUGGAGGACAUUCAGCACGGAAGAGAAGACUGCAUGGAUAGCAGCGGUCAACUGCCUCUCCAACUUGCCGCACGAUGAUGCUCUAACGCCGAGCGUCGAUCCAUCUAUAUCCAAUAUCGUUCCUGUGAACACGUCGGGAUCUUACUACGACGAUUUCGUGUAUAUGCACAUGGAUCUCAACACUCGUAUACACUUCACCGGUCUCUUCUAUCCGUUUCAUCGUUGGUAUGUCGCUGUCUACGAGCAGUCCCUCAAGAGUAAAUGCGGCUACACCGGUGUUUCUCCUUACUGGAACUGGAGCGCAGAUUCUGCAGAUGUAUACGACUCCUCGAUGUUUCAAGACUCGGACCCUGUCAGUGGUCUUGGUGGCUGGGGCGAUAGUUCGAAGGAUUUCGAAGUUCAAGAUGGAGCGUUCUCGAGCUUCAAACUUUCAUAUCCCGCCUACCACACCCUGCGAAGAAACUUCACCCUUCAGCCCCUUGUUGGCGAUGUCGGAUCUGCCUUCAUCUCAGAUCCAUAUGCGGAUGCGAAUGCUUCGUUCACGCCUGCGGAGGUGAGCAAGAUGGUGAAUGGGUUCGUGGGUGAUUAUGAGGGCAUGCAGGCAUAUAUGGAGGGUUUCAUGGGCGCUCACGGCAUGGUCCACUUCAUCCUUGGAGGUGAUCUUGCAGGGUACUGCCCUGCUGACGCGGUCAAUUGCACCGAUGGCAGCCCCACAUUUUCCGCCAACGAGCCCAUGUUUUGGAUGCAUCACGCCAUGGUCGACAAGGUAUGGUACGACUGGCAAAACGCCAAUGUAUCCGCCAACUUCUGGCAAUACUUCGGCGGAUCCGUCCAAGCCAUCGACACCAUUGAGGACUAUACCGCCAACCCGACAGGAGCUGCGCCAUACCUCUCGAUCAACUCUACGAUCCCCGCAGAUGGGUUGUUCGACGAAGUGACGAUUUUCGAUGUCAUGAAUACGACCGGAGGGUAUCUUUGUUACGUUUACGAGUAGGGAAAUUGGUUCGACCGUGCACAUAAUGGGAUAGAAAGGACAGUGGGGGUCUUCACGCUGGGCGAGACUGCGUGUUAUGUUUUCUCUUGGGAUAUAAAUUAAGGCGACCUUGCUCUCCUCUUAUAUGUACUUG